AUCUGACAAAUGGAAUAUCUUUAAAAAGAUCGAAGAACCCUUUUUUCCUCUUCCCGAAGGUGCGAGUUCCGAUUUGCGCUUUCUGUACAUCUCUUUCUGGUUGCACUCGGCGAUCCAAUCGCCGUUGGAUCCUCCGGCGGAAAGUGGAUCUUGAGUUGAAUGAAUUAUGCAGCGGCUGCGGAGUUCCGGGACCUCCAUUUUGGGUUCAUUUUCAGCACCCAACGUGAAGAGAAAGGCCCAAAAUUCAUGGGCUGCUGUGCAGGACACUUUUUUCUCAACCAAGGACACAUUUGAGAGGCAUCGGGUGGUGUUUACAGUUGGGACUUCCAUAGCAUCAAUCGCCACGGCUUGGAUGGGGUAUAGUUUACGUCAUUUGCAUGACAGCAAAGUUGAUCAAAGGCUUGAAUCAAUUGAAAGAGCUAUGAAAAACAGUUAUGAUCUUGGACAGCCGGAAAUUCGAAAGAUUGUUGGUUCGGGAGGCCUCAGUAUUCCUGCUUGUGUUGCCACUGCUGGAACCACCUUAAUUAUUGGGUAUGGCUUGGGAUGGCGAAGUGGUAGCUGGUAUGCAAACAGGAAGUUUAGAAAAGAGCAGAUGAAGAUGCUAGGACUGAUUAAACCUAGGAAAUGGCAACUACUUGGGCAGAUACAACCCAGAGCAUUGCAAUUCAUUAGAAGACCCUUAAGGAGAUCCAAAUUACAAGAAACUCCAGUGGAGACACCUGAAACACCUACAAAUGAGUCAUCCGUUAAACUUGUCGCCAAAUGAGUCACGUCAGUCUUCCUGGGAAUGCGGCUGAAGUUGCUGGUUUAAAAAAAAAAAGGAAGCAAAAAAUGCGGCUGAAGUUGCUGUAUGGGCCUUGAAUAUUGGUAAUAUAGUUCCAUAAGCUCUUACAGUUGGCACUGAUAGUCAUUUUUAGGACUCUGAUUGCUGGGUCCUCACUUCAUCCACUCUUCUUUCUGCAUAUGAUGAAUAUUUAAGAUAUUCUGAUAAGGCAGAUCAUGUUUUGGUUCUGAUCAUAAGUUUGCAAUGAAACAAAUGCAAUGUUGUUCAGCUUUGAACUUUCGGCAAAUCUGUAUCUUCAAAGUUUAACAUCAGCCUUAUAGAAGAAAGUUUCUUUAGGUAGUGUUACUUGUAAAUGACAUUGUUUCUUCGGAGAUUACAAUGUCUCAAGGAAGUGUUAAUGACA